AUGUCAGACGACUACGACGAAGAGGAAAAUCAGAACGUGAUCAUUGACUGUGAUAUCCUCGAAGCCGCAAAGGAGAACAUUCAGCCACUUGCUUCCGGACGGCGCGUUACAGCACUUGCAAGUGUCCUCAAGACUCCGCAUGGCAUACGGAAUGCAAAGCUUGAAGCUACUAGGGAAAGACUUCGAGAGCGCGUUCGUGAGGCCCAGGCUCGUGUUGACAAGCUCAAGACUUUGAACGACCAGGCCGAAAAAGAAGCUUAUGAAGGUUCUAGAGCCGGUGAGGAUGUGGACGACAGGGAUGAGGAAGAUGAAGAAGAAGAAGGCGAUGAGGAUGAAGAGUUCACUCUGGAGGAGGCUGAGGCGAUUCUAUUAGACGCAUAUGUCAGGCUCGUGACAUGGAUAAUCGAGCAUUACCCUCGCGGACAAUCUGCCGCUUCAGGUAUCCUAGAGCAACUGGAAGAAGCAACACGUGCAAUGCGCCAUUCGGAAUACGCCAAAGGAGAUCCACGCUACUUAAAUCUAUGGAUACGGUAUGCAAGCUACGUCGACCACCCUGAAGUCAUAUAUGAGUUCCUACUGGCAAAUGACAUCGGGACAAAAUGGGCGAAAUUGUACGAGGAGUAUGCAUCGCUACUGGAGAAGAUAAAUAGGCGUCCAAAAGCAGACGAAAUUUAUUUACUUGGAAUUGCAAGGAAGGCGGAGCCUCUCGAACAUCUUGAGAGACGGCAUCGUGAUUUCCAAAAGCGCAUGAUGGUUGCAGCUCCUUUACCAGAAACAGACUCGCCUACGAAUGAAGAAACAUCGACCACGACUCCUUCAGCUCCUUCAGCUCCCGGUCGGCGACCUCUUGCUGAAUCAAAGUCAACCUCUGCAGCCUCAUCCACACCUUUAACCUCGGCCUCCUCGGCCUUCGACGUAUUCUCUGCCCCAUCAUCUUCAUCAUCCAUAGCCCCUGGUACUUCUCAAGGCAGGGCCCGUCCGAACGGACGUAUUCCAGUCUACGUCGACCCUGAAGGGAAAUCCGAGAAAGCUCCAGGCAACGCUUGGCCCGAGCUCGGAACUCGAGCAGAGCGUAUCAAGGAAAAUAGACGGGUUCCAGAGAAGAUGCAAGGUGCCGUUCUGAAGCAGAAGGGCGCGGCAAAGGCUGCUACGAUGGAGGCUGCUGCGCGGGCGAGGGCUGCGCCGAAGUUUGUACCGUAUAGAGAUCCUCCGCAACAUUCGAAUGCUGUUGCGUCCAGUUCACGAUGCAAGGUCAUGCCAGCGACGGCUGCAGAGUCUGAAUCUAUCCCUUCCCCUACGACGUCUGGCCCUGUAGCUAAGUUCGUGCCGUACAAAGAUCCAGAACCUGAAAGCUCUACUCGUGGCUCAAAGGCCAAAAUAGUGCCUUUCAAAGAUCCAGAGCCUGUAACGUCGCCUGUCUCGCAAACCGCCGCUAAGUUUGUACCCUUCAAAGAUCCAGAUGCGGGAUCCGACGCACGGCGGAGCAAACGACUUGCGUCAAAGGGGCUAUCGGAAAGUAAAUCCGAGCCGCUUACGAAGACCGAAGAGGAUGAACUUCCAGCCAACGACAAACCUAGUCAGGGUUCCACGGCAAAGUUCGUUCCAUACAGAGAUGAGAAUAUUGAACAACGCCCAGCAACGUCGUCGAUCGUUCCAGAGACGGUGAUGCGUCCAAAGCCUGUUGGACUUGGUGUCUUGGGCGCAACCCGUGAGGCUGAGGCGCUUCGGAAGGACCCGUUCAAGAAUUAUAAAGAUCUCUGAGGAAGUAAACUUCCAAUCUUUUUCUUGAAACUUCAUUCUUGUUCCCCGGGUUUGAUUGGCUUGUUUCUUGUCCCUUGUUAUUCGUGUAUAUGUUCCUCUAAUACUACUUGGGAGAAAUCUUU